AUGGCUGUCUUUGAUUGCCUCGAAGUUGCGCUGCACUUGGGGCAGCUGCAACUGGACGCUCGGGACUUCACAAUGGGAAUCUCCAGCUGUGCCAAGAGCAAGCUGUGGGUCGAAGCCUUGCAGCUCUUCGACUCCCUUCCAGUGGCCCGCGUCGCGCCCAACGUCUUCUGCUUUGGGGCAGCCCUGAGUGCCUGUGAGAAGGGCCGGCAGUGGGACAGCGCCCUUGUGCUCUUUGAUUCAAUGCAGAACUGUGAAGUGAAACCCAAUGUCAUCAGCUGCAACUCCGUCAUCAGCUCAUGUGAGAAGGCGGGUGAAUGGCAGCAGGCGCUCCACUUCCUGGAGUACAUGGACACGGUAGCGGUGGAACCUUCCAUCAUCAGCUACAACGCCGCCAUCAGUGCGUGUGAGAAGGCCAACCACUGGCGCCAAGCCUUGGAGCUCUUCACCUUGGCAUCCACGCAGACACGUUUGGCGGGCGACGUCGUGGGCGUCAACGCGGCCUUGAGCGCCUGCGCCAAGGCGGCGGCACAGACGCAGGCUUUGAGUCUCUUCAGGGCCAUGCCCCAGAUGAAACUGCUGCCUGAUGUGAUCUCCUACAGCACAGUGAUCACUGGACAACCAUGGCCACAAGUCUUGAACCUUUUAGAAUUAAUGGGAAGCGCUGCAGUGCAGCCAAACACCAUCACGCGAAAUGCUGCGAUCACGAGCUGCGUCACGGGCGUGUGGCCCUCGUGGCCGGUGGCCUUGGAGUUGCUGCGAGCCGCGGAGCAUCGGUCCGUUGCCACCAACGUGGUCCUCAGUGGCUGCGUCCGUGCGGCGGCGUGGCAGGCGGCGUUGGAGCUCUUCGCAAAGAUGGUGGAGGUCGCCUCGGCCGACGCCGUCAGCUACAGCGUGGCCAUCAGUGCAGCGGAGGAAGCCACAGCAUGGCAAGAUGCUCUCCUUCUCCUCCUUGCCACGCCUCGCGACGCCGCGGCGCCGCUGGCCUUCGCGGCCGCGAUCAGCACCGUGGCGCGCGCAGGCCACGCGCGUUGGCCAUGGGCGCUGGAGCUUCUGCGGCAGAUGGCACGGGAGGAGGUGCUUCCCGAUGUCGUUUGCUUCAACGCAGCCAUCAGUUCUUGCGAGAAAGCUGGCCAAUGGCCACAGGCUCUGAGCCUCUUGGACGAGCUCGGGCGGCGGAGGACGGCGUCCGUCGUCAGCUACAGUGCCGCCAUCAGCGCCCUGCGGAGCGCCCCGUCGGGCGUGGAGCGCGCCAGGGUACUGUUCGACGCCAUGCAGGGUGCCCGGGUGCAACCAAAUGUGGUGAGUUUUGUCUCCCUCCUUAGCUGUUAUGAGACUGCUUGGCGUUGGCCCGAUGCCUUGCACCUGCUGAUCUCGACCUCCUCCACUCGCGCGCUGAUCUCCUCUGCAGCGGGUAACGUGGCGAUGAGCGCUUGUGAGAAGGCCUUGGAAUGGGAACAGGCCUUAAGGACUUUUUGGUGGAUGAUCGAGCAGAGCCUUCAACCAGAUUUGAUCAGCUAUGUCGCAGCCAUGAGUUCCUGCGAGAAGGGCCAUCAGUGGCAAGCGGCCUUGAGCUUCUUUGAACGGAUGCGAUUAGAAUCGAUCCGACCGGAUGUGACCUGCUUCAAUGCUGCCAUCAGUUGCUGUGAGAAGGCCCUUCAGUGGCAGCAAUCGCUGGAACUGCUCGCAGCGAUGGCCAGCUUCCGAGUGGCCUCCGACAGCAUCAGCUUGAGCGCUGCCAUGAGCGCAUGCACAAGGUCUUCUCGCUGGUCUGCCGCGCUCUACCUCUUCACUGCCACCCUUCCAUGCGCUCCGUGCGCUCGCAGCGCGCAGUGCGCGGCCUGCGCCGUGCGAGCGGCUGAAAGCUGUGUGAGGGCAGCGCCGGAGAUGCUGGAGAUGCUGCAGGUGACCAGUGUGAUGGCACAGCAGAGUGCUUUCCAGUGA